AUGCCUAGGAAUCAAAAGGAGUCGAAAGAUAAUCAACAUUAUCCACACCAUAUUCAGGCCCCAAAUGCCAUACCUGUACGGGAUUCCCAAAGACAGCAAGAUGGCUUUCAACACACAAACCAGUACUAUGGCAACACACAUUUAGCCAACACUGACCUAUACUCAACAUUAGAUUCAGGUUCUGAGACUACAUUCACCUACAUUGAUCAACAACAAACAUUACCAAGAUAUACGCAACAAAUGGAAACGAUCUCUGCCAACUCGUCAUACGAGAAGAAUCCAAAUUCAAGAAUUUCCCACAACUCAAUAACUUCGACAAGUUCUUUAGAAUCGCAGCCACAACUUCAUAAUGAAAAGAGGUUAUUCUCAUGGCUUUUUUCCAAAAAGGUCCCGCUGAUACCUGCUGAAGAGGAGAGGAAAGAAUAUCCAUGGCAAAAGACAAAUUUCAUUAAGCGUAUGGGAUUUUGGUGGUUAUGGCCGGUAUUGAAGAAGGGAUACAAACGUACGUUACACCCGGAUGAUUUAUUUGUCUUGACUCCCGAGUUAAAAGUUGAGUACAUGUACGAGCAGUGGGAGAAACAUAUGAACAAGAUAGUAGGGGGGAUUGAGGAGUCAAAGCCUUGGCCAAGAUACGCAAUACCAUUGGCAUUGUUUCUUACUUUUAAAUGGCAAUACACAUUCUCAUGUAUCUGCCUAGCAUUGGCAUUCGUUUGCAUUGCUACAUCGCCAUUGGUAACGCGACAAUUGAUUGAUUUCGUCGAAUACAAGUAUUUUGGAGUCUACACAACUUAUAACAGAGGUAUUGGACUUACAUUUGGGGCUGUUAUUCUUAUAUUUGUCAAUGGCUUGCUACUUAAUCAUUUUUUCCAUAAUUCAAUGAUUUGUGGUGCACAAGCUAAAGCUAUAUUGACCAAGGCAUUAUUAAAAAAGCUGUUUAAUUUGAAUGCAAAAUCAAGAUAUUUAUUUCCUGCUGGACGGGUAACGAGUUUGAUGAGUACGGAUUUGUCAAGAAUUGACUUAGCCAUUGGUUUUCAGCCUUUAGUAUUGUGCUUCCCCAUCCCAAUGAUUAUUGCAGUGAUCAUAUUGAUCAUAAACAUUGGUGUCUCAGCAUUGACGGGUAUCGGGUUGUUUAUUGUUUCACUUGUGAUUUGUAUAUUGUUGAUUCAAAAAUUGUACACAACCAGAGAGAAAGUCGUCAAGUAUACAGAUGAGCGUGUUUCAUUAAUGAGAGAGAUUUUGAACAAUCUCAAAGUUAUCAAGUUCUAUGCCUGGGAAAUGGCCUAUAAAGCAUCGAUAUUGAAAAUCAGACAUAAGGAGAUGAAGUACUUGUUCACAAUUAAGGUUUUGCGUAACUUUAUCACAGCGUAUGCCGUAACAAUGCCGGUGUUGACAUCCAUGCUUUCAUUCAUCACCUUGUGGGCAACAGACCACAUGCAAAGCCCUGGUAAAGUUUUUAGUUCAUUGUCAUUGUAUGCGAUUUUAGCACAAGCUAUCAUGUUGUUGCCUAUUGCUUUGUCGACAGGAGCUGAUGCAUUGAUUGGUUUUCAAAGAUGUAAUGACUAUUUAUCAGCUGAGGAGUUUACCGAGGAGGUUAAUAAUAGAAUGCUAUCCUACGAAGACAAAUUUUACACAGGUGAGGUUAAUGAUGUUGCUAUUCAGGUGAAACAUGCAAAUUUCACCUGGGAGAGUCAUGAGGACGAUUUGGACAUGGAACUUUGGAAGGAUCAUCCAAGGGGCAAGGAAAAAGGUGACAAUGAGAGCGAUGUUGGUUCAUUGGACACAUAUGCAUCCAAUCACAAGUUUAAAGGAUUGGCCAACGUGAACCUAACUAUUAAGAAUGAAGAAUUUGUUAUUAUAACAGGUGUAAUUGGAUCAGGUAAGACAUCGUUGUUGAAUGCCCUCGCUGGUUUCAUGAAAAUCUCAAAUGGAUCAAUUAUUCGUAACAAGGAAGUUUUGCUUUGCUCAACUACGUGGAUACAAAAUGCCACAGUCAGAGAAAACAUCCUCUUCGGUAAACCAUUUGACGCGCAGAGAUACAGGCAAGUGUUGUUUGCAUGUGCAUUGGAAGAUGAUAUGGCCAUUUUACCUGCUGGAGACAAAACCGAAAUUGGCGAACGUGGAAUCACAUUAUCAGGUGGUCAAAAGGCAAGAAUCAACUUGGCUCGUGCUUGCUAUGCUGACGCUGACGUCCUCUUAUUCGAUGACGUCAUUUCUGCCGUUGAUGCAAAAGUUGCUAGACACAUUGUUGUACAUUUAUUUCGCGGUUUGUUACGAGACAAAACCAUUGUUUUGGCUACUCAUCAGUUGGGAAUCUUGGAAUUUGCCGACAAGGUGGUAUUUGUGGACGAUGGUUCAGUAUAUUCCGGCACACUCGAUCAAUUGGUUGCCAAGCGUGAAAGUUUUCGAAGAUUGGUUGAGCAUGGGAGGGAGUCAAAUGAAUCUGAUGAGGAAGAUUUUGCGAAUUCAGAUUACGAUGCGAGCUCAAGUAGUCAGAAAUUGACUAACGAUGAAGAUAAUGAUCUCACCGGUAGAACCACAACCGAUGAAGAACGUGCAACCAACGCCAUUUCUUGGUCCAUUUACAAAAAGUACAUUGACUUGGGAUCUGGUAUUUUUGGUAAGUUUGCUGCUCCUAUAUUCAUUAUUCUUGUUUCCAUCGCCACAUUUUGCCAAGUUUUUACCAAUACAUGGCUCUCAUUUUGGGUAGAGAAGAAAUUCAAAGACCGCGGUGAUCAUUUUUACGUUGCCAUUUAUGUCAUGUUUGCAUUCUUGACAGUUAUAUUCACCGGUAUAGAAUUUAGCAUGUUGGCUUACAUGCAAGAUUGUUCAGCUAACAAGCUUAAUUUGAGAGCUGUUGAAAAGAUUUUGCACGCCCCAAUGUCGUUUAUGGAUACGACACCCUUAGGAAGGAUUUUGAAUAGAUUUACCAAAGAUACUGAUUCAUUGGAUAAUGAAAUUGGUGAGCAGAUGAGAUUAUUUGUGUUUCCCAUGGCAUUGAUAAUUGGAAUUAUCGUUUUAUGUACAUGCUAUUUGCCCUAUUUCGCUGUCGCUAUCCCCUUUUUGGGGUUUGCAUUUGUAUUUUUGGCAAAUUUUUAUCAAGGUUCAUCAAGAGAAAUCAAGAGAUUGGAAGCAACUCAAAGAUCAUUGGUUUACAACAAUUUCAACGAAACUUUGACAGGUAUGUCAACCAUCAAAUCCUUCAAAGCAGAAGAUGACUUUAUAAGGAAGAAUGAUUAUUUUAUCAACAGAAUGAAUGAAGCUUACUACUUGUCCAUUGCCACGCAACGUUGGUUAUGUGUUCACUUAGAUAUCAUUACAUCAUCCGUUGCAUUAAUUGUUUGUAUGCUUUGCAUUACAGGGCAGUUCAACAUCAGUGCUUCAUCUACAGGGUUGUUGUUGAAUUACGUUUUGCAAUUGGUCGGGGUGUUGUCCUUGACUAUCAGAUCAAUGACACAAGUGGAAAAUGAAAUGAAUUCAGUUGAAAGAUUACAUGAAUAUGCUUAUAGGUUACCCCAAGAGGCGGCAUACACCAAGGAAAUUCAGCCUCCAAAAGAAUGGCCACCUUCAGGUUAUGUUACUUUUAAAGACGUGACGCUUCGUUACAGACCAAAUCUACCACCAGUUUUGCAGCACUUGGAUGUGAACUUUUAUCCAGGUGAGAAGGUUGGUAUUUGUGGAAGAACUGGGGCAGGAAAAUCGUCAAUUAUGUCAGCAUUAUACAGGCUAAUUGAGCUAGAGGAUGGGAAAAUUGAAAUUGAUGGAUUGGAUAUCUCAACUAUGGGAUUGUACGAUUUGCGGUCAAAAUUGUCUAUCAUUCCUCAGGACCCAGUACUCUUUCAAGGUACAAUUAGGAGAAAUUUGGACCCAUUCAAUGAACACGAAGAUUACAGGUUAUGGAAAGCAUUGUGUACUGCCGGAUUAAUCUCAGAGGAUCAAAUUAAACAAGUUGCUUCUAUGAAGUAUUCACCAUCUGAAGGAAUUGGGUACAAUUCACUUCACAAGUUCCACCUCGACCGAAUUGUUGAUGAUGACGGGGCAAAUUUUUCUCUCGGCGAAAAGCAAUUGAUCGCGUUGGCUCGUGCAUUGGUGCGCGACACCAAGAUCCUCAUUCUAGACGAGGCAACAAGUUCAGUUGAUUUCGCUACUGAUUCAAAGAUACAAGACACCAUAAGUUCUGAGUUUAGACAUUGUACCGUGUUGUGUAUUGCUCACAGACUCAAAACAAUCUUGAAUUAUGAUAGGGUACUUGUGAUGGACAAAGGUGCAAUUGUGGAAAAGGGUGAUCCAUGGAAAUUAUACCACGAUAGAGGUGUAUUCAGGUCUAUGUGUGAUAAGGCCAACAUCAAUGAGAAUGAUUUUUAG